AAAAAAUUGAAAAUGAAAGUAGAGGGGAAAAGCUGCAGACGAGUGAGACGUCAGCUUCGCCCGCGUAAACACCAGUCCCUCCCGCUCUCCAACGGUUGCGCUUCAGUUUUAGGCGGCAAAAUCUGAAAGGUCAAUUUCUAGGGUUUUUCCACUUUUUCUACGAUCGAGCAUUUCCCGGUGGAUUUCAACUCAGAAACAGCUUCAUAUCGAUGAUUUAGGGUUUCAAUGGAAGCAGCAGCAGCUCCGUCCGAUUCCCCCACAAUAAAGCCGAUAAACAAGGGCGUGGUGCACAGGAUCUGCGCCGGCCAAGUGAUUCUCGACCUCUCCGCCGCCGUGAAAGAAUUGGUGGAAAACAGCCUCGACGCCGGCGCCACCAGCAUCGAAAUCGGCCUCAAAGACUACGGCAAAGAGUGGUUCCAGGUCGUCGACAAUGGCUGCGGCAUUUCGCCGAACAACUUCCGGGUCCUUGCCCUCAAGCAUCACACCUCGAAGCUCGCCGGGUUCCCGGACCUCCAGUCCCUCACCACCUUCGGCUUCCGCGGCGAGGCCUUGAGCUCUCUCUGUGCUUUGGGGGAUUUGACUGUGGAAACCAGGACCAAGAACGAGACCGUCGCCACGCACUUGACAUUCGACCAUUCGGGUUUGUUGGUCGCCGAGAAGAAGACCGCCCGGCAAGCGGGCACUACCGUCACGGUGAAGAACUUGUUUUCGAAUUUACCAGUGCGGUGCAAGGAAUUCAGCCGCAACAUUCGGAAGGAGUAUGGAAAGCUUGUUUCUUUAUUGAAUGCCUAUGCUCUUAUUGCUAAAGGCGUUCGGUUAGUCUGCACGAAUGCUACUGGUAAAAAUGCGAAAUCUGUGGUACUUAAAACACAAGGGAGUGGUUCCCUUAAAGAUAACAUUGUCACACUGUUUGGAUUGACCACGUUCAAUUGCUUAGAACCAGUGAGUAUAUCUGUGUCUGAAAGUUGCAAGGUUGAUGGUUUUCUGUCCAAGUCUGGACAGGGUAGUGGGCGAAAUAUGGGAGAUAGACAGUACUUUUUUGUGAAUGGUAGACCGGUGGAUAUGCCUAAAGUUACCAAGCUUGUGAAUGAGUUGUAUAGAAGAGCAAAUUCCCAGCAGCACCCCAUUGCAAUAAUGAAUUUUACGGUUCCAACAAGAGCGUGUGAUGUCAAUGUAACUCCUGAUAAAAGGAAAGUGUUCUUUUCUGAUGAAAGUGCCAUACUGGUUGCCCUUAGGGAGGGUUUACAGGAGAUAUAUUCUUCAAGUAAUGCUCAUUACACUGUAAAUAAAAUUGAGGACCCUGCUAAGGAAGCAGAUAGGUCAGAGUUGUGUUCUCCUCAUCAAAGGUCUCAUAAGUUUCUGAAACAAUCGCCUACAGAGGAUGUUGUUUCUGAAGAAGUAAGCAUUGCCACUACAGGCGGUUUGCAGCAAACAUAUUCUCCAAGUGAUGCUCCUUGUUCUAUUAAUAAAGUUGAGGAGGUGCCUACUAAGGAAGCAGGUAGCUCUGAGUCGUGUUUUCGUCGUCAACUGUCUCGUAUGUUCCCGAAGCAAUCAUCUCCGGAUGGCAGUGUUCCCGAAGAAAUUCAUGUUAAGGAUCACCUUGCAGAAGGCAAUGCUCGUCUGAAAGCUCUUGAAACUGAGUCUGAGUACACUGAUGAUGUAGAAGAGUUGAGCCUAGAAAAUGCGAUGAGCAAGGACUUUACUCUUAGAGUACACAGCAGUAAGAAGGUUGGUGGUAGUAGUAGCAAAUUAACAACACAUAACAACAGUAUGACAACUGAUCAAACUCGUUCUCUUUCAAGAGUGGUUGAGAAUGCUGCCAAUGGAGAUUCAUGUAGUCGUUCAAUCUCUGUUCAAUCAUCACUCAAUCAAUUUGUGACCGUAAGUAAAAGAAAACAUGAAAAUAUCAGUACAGUGCUAUCUGAAAUGCCUGUCCUAAGGAACCAAGCUCUUCAUUCUCAAUCCAAGGAAAGCACUUCUGAUUUGCAUGCUACUGUUUCAAACUCUCCGGUUCGACAUGACCAGGCCAAUGCUUCUUCUGAGAUUGAUAACUCUGCUGAAGUUGAUGAGAAUGAGCCAUCCAAGUAUCUUAGAGCAGACAAGAUUCUCAAUAAAAUUAGAGGUCCAAUUUCUGUUGGGGGCAACACUAAAGAUCUCAAUCCUAGUGAGGAUGUACAGCCUCAACAUAUAGCAGAUCCUCUUCCUAUUAUGGCAUCACCUGCUUCACCUAGCGGAAGUCUAAAUUGUUUGUCUGAAGAUCUUCCUGUUGCAGCUCCAUCACCUUCUUGUAUACUAUUAGAUACUCCAAAGACUUCUUCUAGUGUUAUGAUGUGUUCCACCUUGCAAUUUAGCUUUCAAGACCUAAAAACAAGGAGGCUGUGGAUGUUGUCUAGAUCGAAAUCAAGCUUACCUGGAGGAGUAAAAGCACAAAGGUGCUUUGCUGCUGCGACGCUGGAGCUUUCUCAAUCAGAAAACGAGGAGCGGAAAGCGAGGGCUUUAGCUGCAGCUACUACUGAGUUGGAAAGACUUUUUAGAAAGCAAGAUUUUGGCAGAAUGAAGGUAAUUGGGCAAUUCAAUCUUGGCUUCAUCAUUGGGAAGUUAGAUCAAGAUCUGUUUAUUGUGGAUCAACAUGCAGCUGAUGAGAAGUACAAUUUUGAGCGUCUAUCACAAUCUACUAUCUUAAACCAACAGCCUCUUCUUCGGCCAUUGAGGUUAGAGUUAUCUCCUCAGGAAGAAGUUGUUGCUUCAAUGCACAUAGACAUAAUCAGGAAAAAUGGAUUCUCUUUGGAAGAGGAUCCACAGGCUCCGCCUGGGCAACAUUUUAACUUGAAAGCUGUCCCCUUCAGUAAAAACAUAACUUUCGGAGUUGAAGAUGUCAAGGACCUGAUUUCCACUCUUGCUGAUAGUCACGGGGAAUGCUCAGUCAUGGGGAGUUAUAAGACGGACACCGUUGAUUCUGUUUGCCCAUCAAGAGUUCGUGCAAUGCUAGCAUCACGCGCAUGCAGAUCAUCUGUUAUGAUUGGGGACGCCCUUGGAAGAAAUGAGAUGCAGAAGAUUCUUGAGCAUUUGGCGGGUCUGAAGUCUCCUUGGAAUUGCCCGCAUGGCAGGCCGACUAUGCGCCAUUUGGUCGACUUGAAAACCAUACGCAGAAGGUCCGAAGAAGGCGAUGAUGAAGACUCUUGAUGGAUAUUUCCCUAACCUCGACCGGCGGACUCCCUGAUGGUCCCCUAACUUAUUUUGUACUUUCUUCACUUCAUGAAACAUUUGCCUUCCAAACUCCAAGCACUGCCAAGUAGGGCAGUUUUCAUUUGGAACUUUUUCAUGUACGAUGAUGAAAUUGGGUUUUGGCUACGUCGAACUUUUCGUUACAA